UUCCUGCCUCAUGCCUUCUGACAGUCGCACAUAAGCCAACCGACGUAGGCAGCCCGAGAUAUCUGCUCUUUGCAUGCACAUUUAGGGCCCCCAAUUGCUGCUUCCUGCAUUGUGUGAUGGUGCUGAGACAACGGGCACCUAAAAUUUAAGACAAACAUUGGAAAAAUCAGCAAAGCUCAGCCAUGAGGGACCGAUUGAGCAACAUGCAGGAAUUGUCGAGUAGCCAAAUGGAGUCGAUGGAAUACGCCGAGUCGGCCUUAUCGGACUCCCUUAGUAACGUGGACCUGGAAGACGAGCUGCCCCACGAGGCAGUGGUGUUCGACAACAGCCCCGCCGUGGAAAAGAUCUUCGAGCAGGCGGAGGCCAUCCAUAAAGACGUCCAGCUCAUUCGCCUGGAGGUGAAACGGUUGCGGGAGCAGAACUCUCGCAUGCUUCAGGGCGUCACCACCAUGAGCACCAUCAAAAGAGAUGCAAACGCCAUCGGCGGCGAUAUAAAAACGCGAGCCGAGCGAGUGCUGUCCAACCUGCGGGACAUGGAAAACACGGCGCACAAACUGGACGAGGUCCACGGCCCUAAUUCAGCCGUCACGCGCAUCGCCCGGACGCAGUACGCCUGCCUGAGCAACGGCUUCCGCGACGCGAUCUUUGACUACAACGAGGCCGAAAUGAGCCACCGGGACAACUGUAAAGCCCAGAUCCAGAGGCAGAUGGAGAUCGUGGGUCGUGAGGUGACUGGCGAUGAGGUGGAGGAGAUGAUCGAGAAAGGCCACUGGAACAUCUUCACCGACAACAUUAUGGCGGAAGGCAAGACAGCUCGCGCUGCUCUCUCCCAGAUCGAGAAGCGCCAUCAGGAGCUGGUGGACCUGGAGAACCGCAUCAAGGGAGUCCACGAGAUCUUCCUGGACGUCGCCUUGCUGGUGGAGGAUCAAGGCUCCAUGCUCAACUCCAUCGAGACCAACGUGCAGAAAACGGAUGAGGUCAUGCAGGAAGCGCUUUUUAAACUCGGCAAGGCCAAACGUCAUGACAGAAACAACCCGUUUAAAAAGAUGUUUUGUAGUUGCUUCCCUUGCUAUGAGUAAAACCAGACGCGGAAGCCUGUUUGUCGCGUUUCGAGAAAUACUUCAAUAAUCAUGUCCCCAUAUUUCGCUGAACUAUUUCUCACAUCUUUCGCAAACCAGGAAUGAGAAGCGCUGAAACACAUAGUUUGAAUUUCCAAUACGUCCCUGUUGAAAAGCACGUACAGUAUCUCCAGAUUAUUUUUUGGUUCAAUUUUGUAUCAAAACACAAAAUUGAUCUUUCCAGAUGAAGCAUUUUCCUGCUCAGGACCACAAAAUGAUGUAUGCUUGACCUUUGUUAUGUAAAUAAUCUGUAAAAAAAAAUCGAAUUGUUUAUAAUGUUCAUUCAAAUGUCUUUUAUGUCUAAGAUUUAUUAAAUUAUUGCUUUCUAAUGACCUCGAACUUUGUCUUCACACCAUGUGCACAACACAAUUAAAAAAAAAAUGCAAUGUUAAUUCCUUGUAUUUCUCUAUAGCAGUAAAUGUAUCUGUUGUGUCACCUCAAAAUUCUGUUCUCUGCAUUCAAACUCCAUAAAAACCUACAUUAAAAAGAUGUUAGUUGUAUGUGACUUAUUUUUUAGCCCUUGACUGAAAGCGAUUUCUAAAAUUAGAAUUUUUUAAAAAUAUUUUAAAUGUUAAGUAUAUGGAGAGCAGGAGUCAUAAUAGAACCUUUCAAAACAUUCCAUGUGGUGUGACUUCAAUGAACAGGUCGGCCCGGUUUUUAAUUCCUUCACAUGUAACAAACUAUGUGAAGAAGGAAGAAAAACCUUCCAGGAAGAACAAAUACUCGAAAGGAAGGGCCGAGAAAGGGACGUGGCUUCUGCAUGUACGGUACAUCAGAUAGCCGAUUUUCUUCGAACAGAGAUGUGAACAUGCUCUCUCGGGUUGUUGGGCUUUAAUGCAUCAGAGCCGUGCUGUCUGCGUCGCCUCGUUUUUGGAUCUUGUGUGAGGAAAUCAGAAGAAGAGGCAGAAUGCGGGACAUGCUGGAGAAAUUGCGCAAUGUCAGCGAAACCUUGGAAGAUGAGGACGACCUGGAGUAUGACGAAAGCAAGCUGCCAGCAACUCAAGAGUCAAUCGUCUUCGAGACCUCUUUGGACAUUGAGAGCAUCCUGAAGGAAGCCGAGUCUAUACGCAAGGGGAUUUGCUUGCUCCUCUUGGAGGUGGAGCGCCUGAAGAAGAACAACGAGCGCUUUCGUACUACCGUCCGCCACCUCUCGUCCGUUAAGCGGGACUCGGAUGAAAUCGCCAGGGGGAUCCAGAAGCAAGGGCAACAACUGCACACUCGCAUCCUGGCACUGGGCGCCAGGAGCAAGAAGAUGGAGGAAAGGGCCGGGCCCAACUCCGCUUCGAGUCGCAUCUCUUGCAUGCAGUUUAACUCGCUCAUCCUUGCCUUCCAAGCCGCCAUGGGGAGCUACAACCAGGCAGAAGAACUGCAGAGGUCCAUCUGUAGGGAACGAAUCCAGAGGCAAGCCUCCAUUUUGGGGACCAAAAUCACUGACAAGAAACUCGAUGAAAUUGUAGACAAAGGCUUCGAAGGCUGGAACGAGUUAUCUCAGAGUCUGCCAACAAUGCAUGAGGGACAUUCCUCUCGCUGGGCGAUGACCGAAAUCAAAGACCGACACAAGGAACUGGUGGCGCUGGAGGCCCGGCUCAGGGAGGUCCACGAACUGUUCCAAGAUGUGGCCGUGCUGACGGAAGAGCAGUGCUCCAUGCUGAACAAUAUCGAAGCCAACGUGUCGAAAACUCAGCAGUAUGUUCAACAAGUCAACGUGGAGAUUACCAAGGCCAUACAGUACAAGAAAAAAAAUCCCUUUUUGCAAUUCUGCCCGUGUCUACCCUGUUGGAGACAAUAAACAAAAAGCACGUGCCAAAUCCAAGUCCAGGAAGUGUAAGACUUGGCAUUGUUUCUGACUGUAUUUACUGUGCUAAUGUCAUUAAUUUAUUGCUUUACCUCUCUUUGGUUUUGUCUUGAUGUACAGCCAUAAAUAAAAUUGACUUAAAUCAA